AUGGAGACACUGCAAGGGUCCCUCGAUUCUAUCCUGCAGCGGCAUUUCUGGAUCGUACCGGCAAGGACAAAUCGACACGAUCAGCGCUACAAACGUAGCUACCAGAGCUGGAAGGAUAAACAUGGUGAUCGCGAACCAGUAAUUCUCGCCCCCAAGACGUCGAGAGCCGAGUGGACCUCCGAGGUGCAUAUGGGAGCGACGGCUUUCGCCCGAUCAAUCGAACAGAGAGCCACAGACUUAAAUAAGCACCGAGGGAGGACCAGUCGAACACCGCAAGAGAAGCUGUUUUCGGAUGACGUGUUUGGCCUUCCCCUUGAUAUUCUAGGACCUUACUCUUCGCACGAUUCUCCAUUAAAGCCAGCGAUGCAGCGAACCUCAUAUUGGACGGGUAGCCCGCAAAAAAGCCAAGACCCGCGACGGACCUACUAUCGCGCGAUUAGAGCGCUUUUGGCAUGCGAGCAAACCGAACCGCUUUGUUAUCUAGCCGAAUGUGCGUCUACUCGCAUCAAAGCUGCCGCAGAUGUACAAGUCGACAUACUGUGCUCUUCACGGCGGUCAAACAUCGGCUGGCUGAGUAUGAUUGAUGAAAUGCUCGAGCUUGCCCUUUCUCUGGUCAUGUUGAAGUCUUUCUCAGAGUCGCUCCCGCUUGCAGCUGCACAUGAAACGUGGGUACCAUUUGUUUUUGCCCUCUCCGACGCCACGCACAGCAACACAACGACUGCAGAAAAGCUGCAAAGCAUGUCAUACGAUCGCGGAGACAUAAGAACAAUGGAGAAGGGAGUUGACGACGUUCUGAACCGGUGCCACCGUAUUCUGGUCGUAACCCAAGUCCUGGUGUCUGCUUGUGGCAUGCCACCUGUCAACUGGGUGCAAUGUUUUGCCGACGCAUUCUUGCACUUUGUGGGAUUCGAGUGCUGGAACCGUGAACGAGAGGGCCAAAGCUACCUUGGCUGUAAUCUCAACGUACGGAAGGAUGGUGCCUGGCUACAGAAGAUGUCCAGAUCCGCGGCGAAACCAGAGGGAGAAGUCACGGAGAUGAAGCAGAAUAAGUCUAAGGAUCCACUUCUUCUGCGUGAGCCGAGGCGAGAUGCCGAUUUGGAGAUUCAUGCUGAUGCGGAAGAAAGUGAUGUCUUGGAAGAGCUGGACAUUCUGGAAGCUCAAGAGAUAGCCUACGGGCUGAAGAGAAGUACCAAGUAUCACAAGACCCACCUGAAAUGA